UAAGAGUUGAGUAAGAUGUUGGUACGACGGCCACAUCCAGUCAGGGUCAGUUCACGGGUCGCGCGGCCGGCGAGCGCAGCGCCCUCUCGCAGCCACUCCGCCACGGCCGGCACGCAGAGCGCGCGCAACAUGCACUCCUUUAUUCUACAAUACUCUAUUUUGGUGUGUGUAGGCAUUGUGACAUCGAGUCCGGCGCCAGGUCGGAUUCCUAAGGUGUACAAUGCCCUUAUCACCUCCAACCAGAACCUGGAGCCAAGCAAGGCAUACCCGGUGUACCAGCCAGUGAUACACGAUGCAGCCUUCACCUUCCCGCUACAGUCGCCUUUCUUUUACGGACCAGAAUUGCCACUAGCCAAUGGCUUAAUUCCAGCGCCGGCAUUCGUGCCCAGAUUAUCGAAUGCGAUUCCAGACCUGACAACAGGACAAUCACCUGAAGCUCCAGAGGCAGCCGGAUCUCCGUCUAGUACAGAACAACCCGAGGCAUCUGCAUCUUCUGCUGCCCCUCCGGCUGAAGUCCCUUCGAGUUCGGAACAAGCAGCACCUUCUGAGUCGAGUACACCUAUACCCAAUACAGCAGACCAGGAGGCGAAGUCACCCCCACCUCCGCCCAGCACAGAGUCCCCAAUACCACUUAACCAAUUUGGAUUACCACCCCAAGUACUGCCGAUUAGUCAUACUUACAAUACCAUUCCUAAUCUCGGACACUUCACAUACAGUUAUCCCGCAUUCCGAUUCUAUGAUCCCUUUGAUCCUUUCGGUUUUAAUCCGUAUGCUGGAUUGCCUCCUCUUUACCAACCAUUGACGAAUGUUCUAGGUCAGUACGAAGCAUCGCCGGCUGAUCGCGAAGCGAUACCUAAGGCGACAGUUGGAUCCAACCCGUCGACUCCCACCCCUCCCCCAGAACCCAGUGACCUGAACGUACUUAAUUAUUCCCCUAAAGAUCCUGAAAUCGCUAACGUCCCGCCCCCUCCUCUACCUCAGGGCGGACUCAAACCUGAUAAACCAGAGUAAUACGUUAAAGAAAUAAAUUAUCUUAGCAAAAGAUGAUUAAGUUAGUCAUUACUUUUAAUCAAUUCGAAGUCGAAGAAUCAUGUAUAUCUUUCUUUUCAUCAUUUUUGUACUUUUCAACUUCUCUUUUCUUUUAUAGGACAAUGGUUUUUUUUAGUUUAUAAGAAUAUUCGUCAUAAAAGUUCCUGGAAUUUUUUUCA